AUGGCAAACGAUCAGCAAUUUUCAUUAGAUAAAUAUGGCAGCAAAAAAUUGCCUCAAUCAGAUCCAAUUGAUGUUCCAUCAAUUCGACGAAACCGUUUCGAAAUCGAUUUAUAUGAUGAUGAUGAUGAUGAUGAUAGAGAAGAAAAGAUGACAUUUUCAUUUCGGCAAUCUUCUGAGCGUCUAUCACUGAGAAAGAAAACCUCCUUAAUUCGUAGACCUCAAUCUGUACCAAUUAUUCAGAAUAUGGCUUGCGUCUCAUCAGCAAUGGCACUAAAUGAUGAUGAUGAACCAGCAGAGAAUCAAAUUGAAGAAGUGAGGCCGCGGCGUCAUUCCCUCGCAACCGAAAUAGAAAUUGGAAGAGAGUUGCAAUCGAUUAGCGAUCGAUUUCUGGUCGAUUUUAAAGUAACCAGGUCAUCAUCCUCUGGUGAAUCUCCUGCUUCAAGAUUGAGACAGUGGUGGGCAGCCAAAUCAUUAUCGGCUGCCAUAAAUUAUUGCUACGUCAGUAAUCAGUCCCCCUGCCAUGACUUAUUCUCCAUUCGAAAAUGGAAUCCCCAUAAACUGGAUGUUUUUAUAAAUCUAUGA